AAUCAGGACUUGCAGUGCGUCUCCACCUUGUCUCAUUGGGACAAAAGUAGACCACACGCAUUGGAGCAGAAUCUGCUCAUCGGAACAAGGCUUGAAACAUACUCCUUUCUAGAUCAACAUUGGCCGCUCGGCUCGGUCUCAUCCAACCCUAUCUUGGUCGACGUCCGGUACAACGAUAUACGGAUAUGUCGGCGAAACACGCUCCAUCCAAGCUACUUGCCCAUGACUACCCGAGCAAUGAGUUCAGCGACACCGUCGAAAGACAUGCUCAGGCUUCCAGUCCGAAAAGGACGCCCCUGAGCGUCACCUUUCUUGGUACAAGCAGUGGCGGCGGACCGAUCCCCUCAAGAAACUGCUCAUCGUUGUCUCUGAAUUUAGACAGAACCUCUUGGCUUUUUGAUUGCGCAGAAGGCACUCAGCUGCAGGUCCAGCGCUCACACUUGAAGAUCUCCCGGAUUGAACGAAUCUUCAUUACACACAUGCACGCGGAUCACACGAUUGGGCUGGCACCUCUGCUUGGCUCCUUGAUCAGCGGCAUACAAACCAGCCCCGAGAGUCGCUCGGCAAUGCAAGCCUUGGGGACAAGAAAACGAGCCAAAGUGCAUAUCUAUGGACCUCCAGGUUUACGGCUCAUGUUACGUCAAAUGUUGAACCUCACCGCCCUGACACUUGGUGACGCAUAUGCGGUGCAUGAGCUGAUCCCGAAUCGAGCUAGCUUGGCGGGCGGAGUUGUUCCAAGCACAUCGCCCGCGAACAACGGAAACGGUCCGUCUUGCUCGUGCAGAGCAGAAGAUCUUCAGCAGGCAGAGGCGGUUGGUCAAGACAUUGAGGCCGAUGAUGACGGCUGCUGGCGAGAUAUCAUAAACAAAGCAGAGGCAACGAGUCCGGACACUGGAUCAGCUGCGGGCAAGUCUGAGGGAGGCGAUACUUCUGCUUCUGCUUCUUCUCCAUCGGAUCGCGAUACCUGGCGCGUCGAUGCUGGACCCAUACGGCACAGGGUCUUGAGUCUCGGCUACGUCGUCACCGAGCCAGCACUCAAGGAGAAAUUGGAUCUUGACGCGAUCAUGCCCUCGAUCAGCCGCCAAAUGGACAAGAUAACACAGUCAAACCCUCGACUUCGACAUCCGCGUCAGAUUACUUCUAUACUCACCAAGACAGGAGAACCCUUCGCGUUGCCAGACGGACAGGUCUUGGCACCUCCUAAAGUCUCGGACGUUAGGCCCAGAAAAAUCGUCAUUAUGGGCGACUGUGCCGGUACUGAAAACGAUGCCUUUCUCAGCCUGGUCGAUGAUCCGAGCUUGUUGGUUCACGAAUGUACCAAUGCUUGGGUCGAUCCACGGAUCGAGAAGAGGUCUGCAACGGACGGGGAUAACCAGGACAAGGAUGCAGAGCAGGAAGCACUGAGAGUCUUCCAUGAAGCGCGGGAGAAAAUUCAGACGAGAGCCAAAAGUCGUGGGCACUCCGAUGCCGAGAUGGCUGGUCUAUUUGCGCAAAAGAUCUCUGCCAAGAGAUUGGCUGUGAACCAUUUCUCAGCCAUGUUUCCGAGCCCUAAAUAUGCCGAAGAUAUUCCCUUCCCAUCCUUGACGAUGGCCGCGUAUCCUCUCCCACCCGGCAGGCCCGCUCCUCCUAUCGCUCCAGCGGAGAUCGCCAAAAGGAUCACUAUGUCUAGUAUUGAAACGCAGAUCACCGCUGCUUGGACGAGUAGUACUCAGGCGAGGCCAUCCCGAGAAGCUUGCCGCGCCGUAGCCGCGCGCGACUUGAUGACUUAUGACGUCCCGGCUCAUGAACUUUCACCUGCAGAAGUGCAAACUGUGGAGGAAGCCAAUCACCAAGCUGCCCAAUUAGAGACUGCGUGGUAUCAACAAGGUCCCGAGGGAUUCGUGAAAGCGACUGGUUGUAAGCUGGUGGGAGUCUGGCUGGGUCAGCCUCAAAUGGCGGCCAAUAUCGACAAAGGAACAGGCACCAGCGCAGUGAGGAACCAUCACAACCGCGGCUCGGCUUCCGGUAUCGAUGGGUCAGCUGGACCAUCGAGGGGACGAGCGCAACAUCCAGGGCGGCCGCGGCCAUACCACAAGCAGCGGCGUCACAUUCGACACGACUAAACCUAGAGGGAUGGAAUCGCGUCUCGAGACGAGCAGAGGUUCUUCCUUCCAUAGACAUCCGACACGUCACGUAGCUCUGCUUUUCGUGUACCAAGGAUGGCAUUAUUCCGGUCUGGCCAUUCAACAGAUGCCUACACCCUUGCCUACGGUCGAGGGUGAAUUGCUCAAAGCGUUAGAGAAGACGCACCUCAUCGAGGCGGGAUCCGGCUGGGAGGGAUGCGAAUUCUCUCGAUGUGGACGUACCGACCGCGGCGUGAGCAGUGCUGGUCAAGUAGUUUCCUUGCGACUUAAGAGCAAGAGACAUCCUGAGGACGGAGGAGUUCCA